GAACUGAACACGUUGCUUUAUCGGUUCUGUCAUAUAGAGUUUUAGAACCUAGGUGUACACAGGUAAAUAUUUGGACAAUACAAUCGUUACAACACAACCUGCCAAAGAGACUGCAAGUAGCAAGUAGCGAGUAGCGCAAAGAUAAAUUACAGGUACUCCCUUGCAUGCGUAUAGAGACAUAAAGCCAGCAUGAGUGUACACAGGUGUAAGUUUGUAGAAUAUGUACCUCAGCCCAUCCACUGUCUCGCAUUCAACAGUGACUCCAGUCUACUCGCCGUAUCGCGUGCUGAUGGAAACAUCGAGAUAUGGCAUGUUGCUGAUUGGGUUAUGGAGCGAUGUAUACUUGGGGGUGAGAAUGUGAGCGUAGAAGCCAUAGCCUGGGCCGGUACGCGCUUGUUUUCCGCUGGUCUAGACGGCUAUAUCGUCGAAUGGGACUUGGCGACCUUAACCUCAAAGCAGGCCAUAGACACCGCAGGCGGUGCAGUUUGGUGUUUGCAAGCGAACAAGAAGGGAGAAAUGCUAGCGGCUGGCUGCGAAGACGGGCGUGUGAGAUUAUUCGAUAUCGCAAAUAACUGUCUGUUGUUUGAAAAGGGCUUUGACAAGGUCGAGGGCCGUAUCCUGGCGCUUGCCUGGCAUACGGAUGGACAGGUAAUAGUAAGUGGGACUUCGAAUAGUGUGAUACAUAAGUGGUCUGUCGCAUCAGGACGGUCUACGCUGCAUAUCACCAUUGCUGAUUUCCUCAAAGAAAGUACUAUCGUAUGGGCUAUUGCGGUGCUGGCGGACUUUACAAUUAUAAGCGGAGACUCGCUGGGUAAUACACAGUUCUGGGACGGUGCGUUUGGCACCCUCACACAGACCUUCAAAUCGCACGAGGCCGAUGUAUUGGCCUUGAGUGUGAGUUCCUGUCAGAAAACGGUGUAUGCCUCCGGUGUAGAUAAUAAAGUAGCGCAAUACAAACUGGCGAGGAAUGCGAAUGGCCUGGGUCAGGCCAAGUGGGUGUUUGCGAAGAAGAUGCGUGUGCACACCCAUGAUGUACGUGCACUCGCCUUGUCGACGAAUGAUGCAACCCUUGUGUCUGGAGGUGUGGACACUCAGUUAGUGGUGUACAAUACUAGUAAGUUCGAGAACUCAGCGCCCAGACGGAUCCCGCCGUUCCCUCAUUCACCCAUCAUUCAUAUAGCGCGAAAGUCGGAUAUGUUGUUGUGCCGUUUGUCAAACCACGUGGAGUUGUGGCGACUGGGAAGUGGAGAUGCGGAGGCAGUGACGCGAAACCCAGCCAUGGUUGCGCAGCUAUCUCUUAAGGGCGAUGGUAAUCUGAUGUGCUCCAAUAUCUCAGCAAGCGGUGAGUAUAUUGCGUUGUCGGACGUAGACAGCACUAAGGUGUUCCACUUACAGUACCAUGACGACUCUACCGGCCGCAGAUGCAAGAUCACUAAGUCGGACACGAACGCUCUCUCCGAAGUAUAUAGUCACAGGCUUCUGUUCACGCCAUUCAACUCCCAACUGGUAUCCGCGGGUUCAGACGGGGUCGUUCGAGUCCUAAAUCUAGAAACUGGGGUAGUGGAAACCGAAUUUGAUGGACAUAAGGGCACAGGUCCCAUCACACAUCUGGAGGUGAGUUCAUCAGGUCAAUACUUGGCUGUCGGUGACGCGAACAAGAAUAUCACAAUAUACGAUCUACAAGCCGGUGCUGUGCACUAUACAUUAAAUAAAUUUGACAGCACUUUGACGGCGAUGUCCUUCCGCCCCAAGACGGACGACCUCGUGCUUGUAUUGAGCUGUAACCGAAUCCAUGUGAUUGAUACCAAGCAGAAGCGUAUAUCAGACUGGACGCGUGAUAACGUAUCAAAGUUUCCUGGCGCAUAUCUGAAGAAGUACGCUAAUACCGUGGGUAUCAUACACGACCCAACGCGCGAAAAUUACGUAUUCUCCUAUGAUAGUGGUAUGCUCGCGCGCCUGGAUAUAACCCAACCGAUGUCUGAUAAUCUGGUAUCGAUUGAUUCCGGCCGUCGUGGACGAAAAAACUCUGAGUCGAACACGGGUAACACACAGGCCAGCAAGACCCGUACAGUGACACCGCAACUGUACACCACGGAUAUGUACAAACCGAUGCUUUUUGCCGACUUUACCAGAGCUGGAGACCUUGUGGUGGCGGAAAGGCCCUGGUCGUCUAUCUUAGCGGAUUUGCCAAGUCAACUCGUUCGAAAUAAAUACGGCCAAUAAAUGGUUGUAAUUCAAGAAAAAUUGCA